CUGAUUUGGCCUGUGAUCCAAAGAGGCGGGUUUAUUAUGUACUUGGAGGGAACUUCAACCAGAGAAGCUAAGCACAAGCAGGGAAUUGGAUACGGAUAGAUGAAAUUGUAAACAAAGGAGCUAGCGAACGUUAGCUUUAAGCUAUUCAUGUUUGGUCAGUGCAAAGCUAACAUAAUUGCAAAACCUAUCCGAUUAAAAAAGUUGAUGCAUAACCGACGCGGAUAACUCCAUGAAAAUGUAUCCACCCUCCAUGCGAAAUUGUAUAGAUUUUUAAAGUCUAAGCCAGCUAGCCAUUUGUAGCUAGUUCACACAGCUUUGUUGAUCAGAUGACUAGAAACUGCGCCUAUAAUCAUGCAUCAUCGAAGCAGGACCAGUCUGGCAUCACAGCUUUGCAAAGCCUUAAAUGAUGGAGACCCUAGAUCUGUGCAGAUUCUAUUGAGCCAAGGAGCAAAUCCAAAUCUUGUAGGAAGUGAAGGUGUUGCUGCAGUGCAUUUGGCAGUGGGCAAAGAGACAGAGAAAAGUAUAAGAUGUCUGAAGUUAAUUCUACAACAUGGGGCGGACCCUAACGUCAGGUCUUCAGAAGGCUUGACCCCCCUGCAUGUGGCAGCAAUAUGGGGUUGCUAUCAGAACCUCAAAAUGCUUUUGAAGAAUGGAGGGAACCCUAACCUAAAGGAUCUGGAAGGGAACAAACCUGGUGAUCUGGCAAAACAACAGGACAACCGCAGAUGUGCCCACCUGCUUCAGGAGUACCAGUCGCAGUCACUGGAGGAGGAAGAGGAGGAAGAUCUGCCUCAGUUCCAGUACUCUAUUUACAAUGGACAAAGAGACACAUCAAGUUCCUCCGAAUCCGAAGACUGCAGUGUUACCUCGCACAGCAUUUCCUUGCUGAGUGACUUUAGCGAUGACCCCCCACUGAGUAGCACGCGUCGGGCGUCUUUCUUUGAUCUGUCUGCUAUUAGCAACAGGAACAGUGUGCCCGGAGGAUCCCUUUCUGCUGCGUGCGGUUACAUCUCUGACCAUAGCGUACGACUCGCCAACGAGUGGGACAUGGACUCCGAUUUGGGACCUGUGGCGCCAUCAGUGUUAUCUAGCACCCGUAUAUCAGUUGCUGGACCUAGAUCCACACUGCCUGUACUUCAGGAGGGCGUGCCACUGACCGACCAUAGUCGGCUACCUCAGCCUCAGCGGUUUGGCCUACAACACCCCGCAGCUGGACUUUCUUCACCGCCACGGGACGCCGUCCUGUCUUGUGGCACUCGGCGUGCAAGCCGCAAGAGCGUGAGCUUUAGAGAGGAAGUAGACGAGUACUUGCCUGUUUUUAGCAAUGACUCUCCCGAGCAGACGCCCGGUGGCCAGGGCGGUCCCCGCUCUGAAGGCUGUGGCUUUGACUUCUCGGCGUACUCCGAGUUCUUGAAUUCGGAGCGCACGGCCAACGUUCUGCAUCGCCAGGGGAUUGACGUGACGUCACCGGAUCAUGUGUUUGUUUUCUCCAGGGACAAUAACAUGUGCACCGAGAUCGACAUGGACAAAACCGUUAUCGGACCCUUGCCAUUUGAGGAAGAGAAAAGAGAAGUCAGAGAGAACUUUGAUGAAGAGGUGAAGGUCCUUGAAAGGCCAUCUUGUAGCUCUGGUAGCAGCAGUGAAGCUAGUAAGUACAGCAGCUGUGAAAGCGACCAUUACAUUACCACCCUUGAGGCUCCUUUGCAAGCCAGACGGAUUUCAUUCUCAGAGGACAAGGACAGCAAAUUAAGAAAUACUAAAAUCAACAAUUGCAUUAAGUCACAGAGUUCCAUGGACAUUAACAAUGGUCGUGAUGAGUUCAACCGAGAUAGUAAUGUUGUGAUUGAAACUCCCAAAGGCUCAAAAUGUUCAGAAACUGCCAUUGUGAAGGAUGAGCUCGAAACCUUGGCAACUAAACUUACAUUGUCAGACAAAAUGUCCCAAAUCCCAGUUGCAUCUGAAAUUUGUUGCAGUUCCUCAAGAGAUAGUGUAGAAGAUUUCCUAAAAUUACAGACUGAAUGCACUCCCAGACCUGGUCUUACUCCAGCAUUGGAGGAGGAUUUUGAUCUGUCCCUGACCCCAAGUCCCUUUGUAACUGGUAGGACACGUUCAAGGCUGAGUCGCUCCUCUUUCAGAACCAUCAAGACCCCCGAGAGUCUCCUCUCCAGUUCCUCGCUGUUUGAGCAAACCUUGCCUACACCGAUGCGCACACACCGGCAAAACGUAAAGUCGCAAGGCAGUGACACUGUGUUUUAUGACACGCCAUGUGGUCGUAGUAGAACUCCUGGAUUUUCUGGCAAAAGAACUGAGGGUACGUCUGGUGACACAUUUGUCAGUAAUGAGAGCCAGGAGACUCAAGCUAGCACUCUCAGAGACGAUGGAGAUCAAAGGGCCUGUGUCAGUGCUAGCCAAGUGGAUACCUUCAUGAUCUGUAAGGAAGUGGCAGACUCUGACAGCCAAGCGGAGACCCUCAUCAUCUCUAAGAUUGACAGAGGUCAAGGGUCAUGUUUAUCUGCUAGCCAAGCAGACACACUCAUUAUAACUCCAAGUUUGGCUGAAAAAUUCUCAUUCACGGAGAGAGAAAAUUACAAAAUCUCGACACAGACUUUUGAAAUUGCUCAAAUGGAGCCCACUUAUAUUAAAGACGUUUUUAAAGGUGGAGAAUUUCUAACGGAUGAUUUGUCCAGUUCCAGCAAUUCGUUGACAAAUGAGGUAGCGAAAACCUGUGCGCAUGUACAGCCAGGUCGCAGCUUUGGAUCAAGAGAAGAGGAUCCCUGGAUGACAGAGGAUGCCGCCUCACAGCCAGAAUCGUCCUCAUCGCCGUCAAGUUCCCAGACUACCUCGUCUUCAUCCAGCUCAAGUUAUUUCUCUCCGAAGAGAGAUCAGCUCCCGUCAACCCCAGGCAUGGGAUGCACCCCACGCUACAGCGUAAGUCGGCUCUCAGGCUUCCACAAGCCCCAGCGGCUGGCCAACCUCUCCUACACCCCCGGCGGACGCCCUUUGAUCCCGGAUGUGGAGAAGCCAGUGGAUUACCUCUACACGGACACAGAGCAGGGUCACGAAUUGAUCGAGACUCACGUGCCGCCCACAUCGAACACCUCACUGAGCUCUAGCCUGAGCACAUCCAGCAGCGAGGAGACGGUGCUGUACGACUGGCGCUCCCUGCAGGUUGCUGGAGGCGCUGCGGCCAAUGCGAAGGAGAACCAGCAGCCUGCGACGCUGGCGGAAUGGCCAGGGUCCAAAGGGCUGACGGACAAGGAGUUGAGACGCAGGCUUAUGGACCUGGGAGAAAGUCCAGGGCCCAUUAGUAGUCGCACCCGGCCAGUGUACAUGCAGAGGCUGAGACGGUUGCAGCUGGAGUCAGCUGCUCAACCACCACCACCACCACAGCCAUCGGACCAGCCGCAUGGUCUGGCACAGGGGCACAGUCCAGAGCUGUGUGUGGCCCUGCGGACGUUUGUGCUGCCAGACUGCCAGGCCAAUGAGCUCUCACUGUGCCAGCAGUUUGACCAACCAGACCAGAACAGGAAGUGGCGAGAGGGUGUCAUCAAGUCCAGCUUCAACUACCUGCUUCUGGAUCCCAGAGUAACCAGGAACCUGCCCUGCCGAAGUCAUUCAAUGACCCCUUCAGAGUGUUUCCAGACGUUCAUCAGUGCCAUAUUCUACGUGGGCAAGGGCAAGCGCUCCCGCCCCUACAGUCACCUCUACGAGGCUCUGGACUACUACAAAGGGGAUAAGACCUCUAAGAAACUGUGCUCCAAGGUGAAGCACAUCCUCCAGGUGUGGCGCGCCGGGCAGGGGGUCAUCUCUUUGCACUGCUUCCAAAAUGUUAUCCCAGUGGAGGCGUACACACGCGAGGCCUGCAUGGUGGAUGCCAUAGGGUUGAAGAUGCUGACCAACCAGAAGCGCGGGGACUACUAUGGCGUUGUAUCCACCUGGCCAAUGAAGAAGAAGCGGGAGCUGGGUGUACACAUGCUCUAUCGAGCCAUGCAGAUCUUUUUGGCGGAGGGUGAGAGACAACUCAGGCCUCCUGAUAUCAGGGUAGGACAGUAGUGACCCCCAGAGGGAAGAACUGGGUACUGCGUCACAGAUGCUGGCUUAUCAGAGUAGGUACUCGACCAACUCGAUUUCAGAGCAAACAGAUCAUGAUGACGUGUUGAACUUCUGUAGCCCUUCGCAGAAUCGCCUCUAGAUCAAAGUCAGCCCACUUUGGCCAAGAUUUCUGUUUCCUCUGACAUUAAAGAGGGUCAGGCUUGAGGAGACAGCGGGUCAGAUGGUAGAGGAGGAUGGUGAGGAUGUUGUAGACCGUAAAUCUGUGAGAACCUAAAUCUUAUAACUGGACAGAUUCUCUUCCAUUUUUUGUGGCCUCAGCAGCUUUGGGUGCGAGAAACUUCAACAUGUGAAUAGUUGCCAGUUGCCUCCUUUUCAAGCCGUGUGCCUCAACAGUUCUGCAUUCAUCUCCUGUUCCUCCCACGCUCUGAUCAAGAACCGGCAGCUAAGUGUAAUGAAAUAUCUGAAAUUAUCCAGAUGCAUUUAAAAAAAAAAAAAUUAACAUCAGCUAGCUAGCUAUAGCUGACUGAAGACAAAGUGUUAACUUGACACUCAAUCUGUGGUUCCAAAACACAAGAUAUGGCACAAAACAGAAUGUUAACAAAAUGGUUGAUUGAACCCACAAGGUGCGUUAGGGCUGGGUAUGAAAUAACUGCCUCUGCUCACGGGGAUUGAUUAUUACAGAUAUUAAUACUUAUUUGAACUAUCCCAAACCAACACAUUUCCAAGACAUCCAGAUGAGAAUGAUUGUUUACAUUUUUUUUGCUGAAAGCGACCUAGCAUUUAUCUCAAGGAGUCUAUGUGGAUAAACUGGCCUUUAAAAUAUUACUAACAGUGUAUUUUUAAGUAAUGUGAGGAUCACCUGUUUACACAUGUAUGUUUCAGAUUUGCCCCAUGUAUGCACUGUAUGCUGUUUUGUUACGAACGCACAAUGUAUGUAAUGUAGUCUCACAUCACAUGUGCACACAUGACCGUGAACAUACUAGUACUGUUCUUUUCAUCUAUGGGUGUUAGUCAGAUUUGGUCAGUAAAAGAGACUAACUGGGCUGAACUGUUUCACCUGGUGUAGCGGAGACUCGUUUGUGGGAUAUCAUUUUUCUUCUGGUUGUUUUGGAGGAAAUAAUGAAAAUGAUGUGAGAACCUUUGCAUGUACUAAAUCUGUAUGUCUGCAUCAGGGUUUGUAAAUACAGUUUUUUUAAUAUAUAUAUAUAUAUAUAUACUUUAUAUCUAGGCAGAAAUCAUUGGCAUUGUAUUGUUAGUAGUGUAGUGAUUGUAUUUGAGAUGUGCACAACCCAAAAUAUAUUGCAUCUAAAACAAUAUCAGUGGUCAAGACACUGUAAAAUAACCAUAUUUACACAUUAUGGUGAUUUGAAUUGUGGCUACAGUGUUUUAUAAUGAAUAAUACAUGUCAGAUAUUGGUUGCUAUAAAAUUGCCAAUCUGUAGUGUAUUCAUUUGUCAGUUGAUGACAUUUUCUGGCUGGGCAAAUGAAAUGUUUUCCAAUAGAAUGACACAUGAAUUACACCCCUGUGUGAAUACAUCCCUGGUUGUGCAUUAGUCAGUCUGUAUAAUAGUCAGUGUUCAAAUCAUUUUAUAUACAUAUUUCUUUUUAACUAGUAAAUUGUAGCAUAGUUUCUCUAUGUUGUUCGUAAGGAUGAUCAUAUAAAAAAAUCAUUCUGAUGUAAUUGUCUGUCUUACUUAUGUACACCCCCCCCCCAGCCCCAAAUGUUAUUUGAACGUCAUUGGCCUGUGACCUGAGGUCAAGCCGGGUCAAGCUUUCUGGGCAGCCAACCCCCUCGCCUACCAGCCUCCGUCGGCAGGGAUUCGGAUCCAGCCCACUGCAUUUUGGGUCCCCCCCUCUUCCUGUCAUUUCAACACUACUAUUUCAACACUGAAAUGGAAAAUUGCAGAAA